GUUAAAAAAUCUAGCCUGUCUGGUCCCGAUUCAGCCAGCCCCACCCUUCUGGGCGGGCAGAUAACAGCUGACUUCAGCAGUCUCGAUCACGUGACCACCGCAGCUCCCCGUUCUGCUCCCUGUCCCAGGCCGGGUGUAGGCACUUCCAGGGGCUCCUUCUGUGAGGGGCAGCAGCACGCUGCCAGGCGAGGAGAGAUUAAUCAGUGACAGCACCCGCCUCUCGGAGCAGCGACCAGACCAGCCGUGGUCAGGACAGCCUCUGCCAGGCCAGCCCAGGAGUUCCCCGUCCAGGUCCCCGUCUGCUGCUCACCCACCUGCUGCUGCCAUGGGGCGCCUUGGGGCGCUCCUCCUCCUGCUGGGGGCCCUGGGGGCCCUGGCUGACAUCUGCAACAUCCCCGAGGUGGACAGCAGCCUGGUGCAGACUCUCGGCCAGCGCCUCUUGCCCUGGAUGGACCAGCUCUCUCUGGAGCACUUGAACCCCAGUAUCUAUGUGGGCCUGCGCCUCUCCAGCGUGGAGGCCAGCACCAGGGAGGCCCUCUACCUACACAGCCUCAAGGUCGAUUACCAGCAGAGCCUCCUGAGGCAUGCCCCCAGCGACGACAACAGUGACCUGCAGGCCAAGCCCUCCAUGGGCCAGCUGGCUCUCUACAUGCUUGCUCUCAAGGCCAACUGCGAGUUUAUCGGGGGCCACAAGGGGGACAGGCUGGUCUCACUGUUGAAGCGGUUCCUGGAGGAUGAGAAGAGGGCCAUUGGGCACGAUCACAAGGGCCAGCCCCACACCAGCUACUACCAGUACGGCCUGAGCAUCCUGGCCCUGUGUGUCCACCAGAAGCGGGUCCAUGACAGCGUGGUUGGCAAGCUCCUCUAUGCCGUGGAACAUGACCACCAUCUCCACCAGGGCCACCUCUCUGUGGCUCCCCCGCUCUGUCACCAGCUGCUGAUGACCUCCCCAAUGCCCGGGACGGAGUUGGGCACAGCCUGCCUCAACGCGAGGGCCGCUCUGUUGGCCAGCCUGCAAGACGGGGCCUUCCAGAACGCUCUCAUGAUUUCCCAGCUACUGCCUGUCCUGAACCACAAGAGCUAUGUGGAUCUCAUCUCCCCAGACUGCCUGGCACCAAGAGUCACGUUGGAGCCAGCCACGGUGACCCCCUCACCGAUGCAAGUCCCAGAGUUCAUCCACGUGAUGCUGAAGGUGCCCAGUGUCUGGCCACCGUACAGACACUCCAUCUCCGUGCCCGCUGGGUCCUCCUUGGAAGAGGUUCUGAUGACGGCCCAGGAGCUCGGAGGAUUCAUGUACGGAACCCAGGCCUCCUUGUCAGGCCCCUACCUGACCUCUGUGAUGGGGAAAGAAGCCGGAGAGCGUGAGUUCUGGCAGCUCGUCCGAGCCCCCGACACCCCGCUGCAGCAAGGUAUCGCUGACUACAGACCCAAGGAUGGAGAGACCAUCGAGCUGAGGCUGGUUACCUGGUAGCCCCCAGCUCACCUCCCCCGGCCGCCUCGAACAAUCUCUGCACCUCUACCCUCCUCCGUCCCGGCACGUGCCUGGCCCUGCCGCCGCCUCGUGUGCACUUGAAGCAAUGUCCCCGGAUCAGCCAGCCACCACCCCUGCAAGGCUCCCAAGCCACUGCCCACCUGGGAGUAGGGAGCCAGGCUCCCUCCCCGGGAUGUCUGUCUGCUGGGCUGGCCAGCCUGGCCCUGCGGGCAUCCCACGAGGGGCACUCGUAGUCUGAAGGGCAUGAAGCACCUCAGACCCCUUAGCACAAGAAGUCCGCCGGCCUCUGGCAGUGUGAGUCCCACCCGCUGUGGCCGUGGGGUCCUACCAGGAGACCGGUGCAGCCCGGGGGCUGAGCCUUGAACCCAGCUCUCAGGUCCCCUGUCAGGGCGGCGGCCCCAGAGCCAGCCGUGGCAUAGCAGCUGGCGAGGACCCUGCAGGGCUGCUCAAAGCCUACCUUUGAAAUGAUUAAAGUGUUGAUUAUGCACAUGC